CGAACCGAUAAUGCAGGGCUUGAUGCAGGUCUCGUCUAUCAGUCUGACAAAGACGCUUAUUCAGACGACUCUUCCUAGUAGCUACUUCUAUUCUCACUGUUCGGUUGUAAGACAUACAAAAUGUCGCAAGAUCGAAUACUUGAUUUGAAUUGCAUCUCAAGUAAUUAGUCGGCAACUUCUCCAAUCCCAACUGCCACCUACAACGCGGGCAUCCUACAUGAGUAUUGCCUCGCGAUUGAGUCGCUCACCAUGUUCGCCAGAUUGACCACCGGGACCCUGGCCGGGGAUCUCGCCAUUCUUGUGUUGACUAUCGUUGUGUUCCUUGCGGGACUGUAUGCUAUAAGCAAAGCUCGUAAAGAAGCCAAAGUCCGCAAACUUGGAGUACGGGCAUAUUCGGUUGGCAACAACCCCAUUAGCGCAACUAGAAGAUUCAUGGGCUUUAAAAAGUCACAGGCGGAGGACCGGACUAUAGAGUUCUAUGACAAACUGUUCAGCCGAACAGCUUCCGGAAACCCGAAUCUCAACGUCGUUGAGCUGGAAAUCACACCGUCUCAUCGCUUCAUCUUCACCAGAGACCCCGAAGUGAUCAAGACGGUCCUGGGGACGAAGUUCUGGGAUUUUGGAAAGGGGCCGGACUUCCAUCGGCUGUGGAAAGCGUUCUUAGGGAACAGUCUCAUCACCACGGAUGGUGAUCUCUGGAAUAAUAGCCGCCGCUUAAUCCGGCCCAUGUUCACGAAGGAUAGAGUAAGCGAUCUUGAAAUUUUCGAACGGAAGACGCGCCUUCUCAUCGACCAGUUGCCUACCUCGGGGGAGACGGUACAGCUGAUGGAUCUGGUCUAUCGUAUGGUACUCGAUGUUUCCACGGAGUUUCUGUUGGGAACAAGUGUGAACAGCCUUAUAAAGCCCAACAACGAAUUCGCUCACGCACUUGAUGAAAUUCAAAAGAUACAGAUGCAAAUUACGACCUCAGGCCCCUUUGAGAUCUUUAUCGGGAGAAAAACAUUCCAUCGCCAUAUCAGGACGAUCGAAAGUUUCGUCGUUCCCUUCAUUCAGACAGCACUAGCACUUCCUUCCCAAGAGCUCGAGAAGACCACCAGAUCGGACAAGAGCUUCACCUUUCUGCACCAAAUAUUGCAGUAUACUCGAGACCCUGAAGUCGUUCGAGACCACAUUAUGGCGGUCCUGUUCGCGGGCCGAGACAGCAUCGCUGCGACUCUUUCUUGGGCAUUUUACGAGCUCUCUGCCUACCCCGAAAUAUGGACCAAACUCCGAUCCGAAGUCCUCUCUACCAUCGGCCCGACCAAAGCUCCAACCUACGCCGACCUAAGAGAACUGAAAUACCUCCGUUUCACCCUCCAGGAAACCCUGCGCCUCUACCCGGCCAUCCCCUACAACAUGCGCACCGCCGUCACUGACACGACGCUGCCCGGCCAACCCGACAUCGGUGUCUGCAAGGGUGAUAACAUCAUCUACCUACCCAUCAUGAUGCAGCGGCGCCAGGACUUAUACCCGCCCGCCUCGGACAGGUUCGCUGAUCCAGCCGUCUUCAGCCCCGAGCGCUGGUACGGGUGGCAGCCUAGGUCGCAGGAGUUCAUCCCGUUUAAUGCGGGGCCACGGAUUUGCGUUGGGCAGAAUUUCGCGAUGGCAGAGAUGGCGUACUUCAUGGUUCGGAUUUUGCAGAAGUAUGAAAGGAUUGAGUAUAGGGGGGAUUGGGGCGCCCAGAUUUAUAAGGCGGAUAUUGUUGGGAGGCCGAAGCUUGGGGUUCCGGUUGCGUUUUACAAGGCAAGGGUGGCAGAUUCAACGUGAGAUGACCUAGUUUCUGGUGUGAAGCAUAGGCAUUUAAAGUGAUUUGCAUUGUAUGUGAGUACCUGGUCUACCUGCUGUAGAAAGUUGAUGCGAGGCCGAAAACGUGAUUGGCUUACCGUGGAGCGGAGGAUUACUCACCUGAGCUCAACACUACAAAUUGAAUAAGACAAAGUACCGUUACAAUUUCCUAUUGCGG